CAGUGAAGCUCCCUAGUAGAGAAGCAGCAUACACAGCGUAAAGGGAUCUCUUUCAGUGCAGCUAAAAUACCUCCACAACUGACUAACUAAACAAGUAUAAGCCCUCUUCUAUCAGCAAAACUGCAUCCAGACUGGUGGUGUUGCUGGACAAUGACAUCAGCUAAUGGACAAGAUGCCUGGUAGAGAAGCUGCGAGGGAAUGCCCUGAAGCAGAUGCUGCUGAGUGGAGGAUGGUCACCUCUGGGGCCAGACCUCUUGCCGCAGAGACAGCUCCCCCAGUUGGGGAACAAAUAUGAGGCCCUGGCUGCACUGGAGGAAUGUGCAGUGGGGGAAAGUGCACUGGAGGGGCCUGCCACCAUCACUGAGCAAGCUGAGGGCCAGCCAGGUAAGCAGAAGAAGAGGCACCACGUCAUUGUAGUGGGCGACUCCCUACCAAGAGAUACAGAGGGACCCAUCUGUCAUCCAGAUCCCACGGCAUGCAAGGUCUGCUACUUGCCUGGAGCCAGGAUCAGGGAUGUCACAGCGAGAAUUUCUGACCUCAGCCAGCUCUCUGACAACUAUCCCAUGGUCCUCAUCCAUGUGGGAACAAAUGAUGCGGCCAGGAGUAGUUCAGACCAUUUCAUGAGUGACUACAGGGCUCUGGGGACCAGGCUUAGGAAGACAGGGGCACAGGUGGUCUUCUCGUCGAUCCUCCUGGUCAGCAGUCGCAGUAGGUAUCACGUCAACUGUGUCAGAGAAGUCAACCCGCGGCUUCGGAGUUGGUGCCAUCGUGCAGGUUUUGGCUUCCUGGUCCAUGAUCCGCACUUUCAUGCAAGGCACCUCCUGGGACACAAUGGGAUUCAUCUCUCCACAAAAGGUAAGAGUCUCUUUUUUUACAGGUUGGCUGACCUCCUACAUCGGGCUUUAAACUAGGUUCAACGGGGGACAGGGAGGCAAGAGAUGGAGAGAGUCUAGAACAUACAAACUGUGAGACAUGCAGCAGUACCCCCCUGGUAAGUACCAAGGGGCCCUUUGGGCAUCAGAACGGGGGAGGCACCAAAGGCACCAUUCAGAGGGCUCAAGUGCCUCUAUACUAAUGCUAGGAGCGUGGGGAACAAGAAGGAAGAACUCGCACUCCUGCUUGCAGACAAUAACUUUGAUUUAGUGGGGUAAUGGAAACCUGGUGGUACCCUACUCAUGACUAGGCAGUAUGCAUUGAGGGCUAUAGGUUGUACAGAUGGGACAGAGUAGGGAGGAAAGGGGGCAGGGUUGCUCUCUAUGUAAAGGAGCAUUAUACAUCUACCCUAAUCAAAAUGGGAUCAGAGGAGGAGAAAGUUGAGACAUUGUGGGUUAGGAAACACAGAGGUCAAGGGGAAAGGGACUUGGUGGUGGGGGUCUGCUACAGACCACCACACAAGGAGGAAAAGCUAGACUUGAAAUUCUUGAGGCAGCUCUCAGAGGCCGUACAGUCAAGGGACGUGGCUGUCAUGGGAGACUUAAACUACCCUGACAUCUGCUGGGAGGAGCAGUCAGCCAAAUCCAGCUGUUCACGUAGGUUCUUACCCUGCGUGCAGGACCUUACCUAAUGCAGGAGGUAUAUGGUCUAGGGGGAAUGCCUUACUGAACUUGGUGUUGGCUACAGGGGAUGACCUGGUAGGGGAGCUAUAGAUUCGUAGUCACCUUGGGGAUAGUGACCACCAAUCAAUCGAAUUCACCAUACGGCAUAGGGUGGGUAAAAUAACUAGUAGGGUAGAAAUGCUUGACUUUAGGAAAGCUAACUUCAGUGUGCUUAGGAGUCUAGUCAAUGACAUGCUGCAGGAUAGGCAAGAUGGGAGUCCAGGAAGGAUGGUCGCUCUUAAAGGAAGCAAUCCUUCGGGCGCAGAGAGAGAUGAUCCCAGUAUGAGGGAAAAGGAAGAAAGGAGCCAAAAAACUUCUUUGACUAAACAGGGAAAUCCAGGGGAGCCUAAGGGCAAAAAAGAAGGCAUACAGGUGGUGGAAGCAGGGGGAAGCUAUCAAGGAGGAGCAUUCCUACUUGGCCCGCACUUCCAGGGAAGCAGUUAGAAAAGCCAAAGCAACUACAGAGCUGAGGCUGGCAACACAAAUUAAAGACAACAAAAAGUCUUUUUUUAGGUAUGUAGGGACUAAAAGGAAGGUGUAGAGCAGCAUAGGACCCCUAGUGAACAAGAAGGACCAAUUAAUGACAGACAGAGGGGACAAGGCUGAGCUUUUCAAUGAGUUUUUUGCCUCAGUGUUCUUGAACAAAGGUCAAGGUAAGUCUCCUAAAAGGUUCUUAGAUGGGCAUCAGAGGGACACCAGCCCACCAACUGUCAACGCUGACUUGGUGCAGAGUCACUUGGAUGGACUGGAUGUGUUCAAGUCAGCAGGCCCGGAUGAGCUGCAUCCGAGAGUACUGCAGGAAUUGGCCGGUGUCAUAGCAGAACCACUGGCACGGCUGUCUGAGCGCUCGUGGCGCUUGGGUCAGGUCCCAGAGGGCUAGAAACAGGCCAAUGUGGUCCCUAUUUUCAAGAAGGGGAGGAAGGAGGAUCUGAGCAAUUAUAGUCAGUCUUACCCCCAUCCUUGGAAAGGUCUUUGAAAAGAUUAUGAAGGAUCACAUUUGUGGGAGUCCAGCGGGAAAAAUAAUGCAACAGGGAAACCAGUGUGGUAUUAGUAGCAGGUAGAUCAUGCCUGACCAAUCUGGUUUCAUUUUAUGACACGGUCAUAAAACACUUAGAUGCAGGAGUAGAGUUGGAUGUCAUUUUCUUGUAUUUUAGCAAGACCUUCAAUACAAUAUCUCAUCCCAAUCUCAUAAAUAAAUUAAGAGGCUGUGAUAUAGAUGUUUACAUGGUCUGGUGGGUGGCAAAUUGGCUUAGCAGUCAGACCCAGAGAGUGGCAGUGGAUGGGUCAGUAUUGACCUGGAUGGAUGUGGGUAGUGGGGUCCCACAGGGUUUGGUCCUUGGACCUGUACUCUUCAAUAUCUUCAUCAGUGACUUGGAUGUGGGCGUGAAGUUUACUCUGUCCAAGUUUGCGGACAAUACUAAAUUGUGGGGUGAAGUGCAUACUCCGGAGGGUAGGGUAUGAUUGUAGGCAGACCUGGACAGGUUAGAAAAGUGGGCAGGACACAAUAGGAUUCAGUACAACAAGGACAAAUGCAGAGUGCUACACUUAGGAUUCAAAAAUAUCCAGCACACCUACUGGCUAGGAAGUGACCCUCAGCAGCACAGAAGCAGAAGGGAUCUGAGUUAUAGUGGACUCAAAGAUGAGCAUGAGUUGUCAGCGUGACGAAACCAUCAGCAAAGCUAACUGCCCUUUAUCAUGCAUCAGCAGAUGAAUGACAAAUAGAUCCAAGGAGGUGAUACUUCCCUUCUAUGUGGCAUUGGUCAGACUGCAGUUGGAGUACUGCAUCCAGUUUUGGGCACCUUACUUCAAAAAGGAUGUUGACAGACUUGAGAGGGUUCAGAGGAGAGCCACGUGUAUGGUCAGGGGCUUGCAGGACAAGCCCUAUGAGGAGAGACUGAGGAACCUGGACCUCUUCAGCCUCCUGCAAGACAAGGCUGAGAGGUGAUCUUGUGGCUGCCUACAAAUUCAUUAGGGGAACGCAGCAAGGGAUCGGAGAUGCUCUGUUCACCAGGGCACCUCUUGGGGUAACAACAGUCACAAACUGACGAAGUGCAGAUUUAGGCUAGAUAUCAGGAAAGACUUCUUCACAGUAAGGGUGACCAAAAUUUGGAAUGGGCUUUCAAGGGAGAUGGUGCUCUCCCCUACCUUGGGGGUCCUUUAGAGAAGGCUGGAUAGACAUCUGGCUGUAAUCAUCUGAUUCCAGCACUCUUUCCUGCCUAGGCAGGGGGUCGAACUUGAUGAUCUGUUGAGCUGUCCCUAGCAUCUAUGAAUCUAUAAGGCCAAAUGUUCUGCUGAUCCAAUGUGACACAAUAAGUAUCAAAUAAAGAACAUUUGAUAUUUCUGUUCAUGAUGACACAUUGAAACAAAGCCUUGAGUCUGCAAAUUACCAUAAUUAGUUUUCCAGGUUAGGUUCACUGACCUGUAGUUCCCUGCAUACCCUCUAGUGCUUUUUUAAAAUACUACUGGGGUCACAUUAGUGCAGACAACUCUCCUACAAAGUGGGGUGUUCUUAACCUCCUGGACACAACUUCUGAUCUGACACAUCCUCACCCCAGCACACCCCCUCUCAGCAGGGCUUGUCAGAUAUGUUCUUUAGUUCCAGCCAGGCUGGGAGUUGUACCUUUAAGAGAAGCUAGACAGGAAGUUAGUGGGAGGGACUGCAGAAGCCUCUGCUCUGUUAUAUAUUUGCAACCGGUUGCUGACUACUGAGGAUGGUUUCCAGGCACCAGAAGCCCAGAGUGAUUCCUGAACACUGCACGGACAGAGAGGAUGUGACCUUAACCCUCUUGACAUGGACAAGGUAAUCUCAGGUCAUGCUAUUUAACCAGAUUUUUCUUAGUAGUAUCUUGAGGGAAUGGAAAUGUUCUUCUAUCCGCUAGAUGGACAAGAGGGGGUGAAGAAAACCAGAUGUGAAAUAGGACUACAGUCCCCAGUUCCUUCUCCAGCUGCCUGUGCACAGAACAGACAGCUGCUUAUCAGCUUCAAAGUGUUUACGGCUUUUGAGUUUAACCACAAAAAAAUUACUACAAAUGCCUCCUUGAAGACGUGCAGAGAUGCUUUGGGUUUCUGAUGCUCUCUCACUUGAUAUUCUACAGAAAAAGAUUUGACAAGAGGAAGGAGUGUCCUUGAGUUGAGGAGGAGACAGGAGGGACAGCUGGCAUCCUUGUAAUAAUUUGGGCACCUACUUUGAGGGAUCACUGAAGUUUCCCAUGCUUGCCUCAAAAACCAAAACAAGCAACAGUGAAAACUCUCAUUCUCAAACUCACUCAGGCUAGACCAGAUGGGAGUCCUGUAGCCACAUUAUGGUCAGUUUGAUGUCUCGGUACCCAACAUGAUGCUGAAGCUCUUCCUUGUUCUGGUAGGUGCAGUACAGCUCAGGCUUUCAGCUCCCACUGAUCCACAACCCGCAAGGGUCCUCUGCAUUAAAAAUGACUGCUUUGUCAUUUUCUGGGGGCAGAAGCAGUUCUCUGAAGCCAGAAAGGUAUGCGAGGGGAGCAACGGGCAUCUCUUGAUGAUGAGAUCUGUGGUGGAAGAAGAUGUCAUCUCCCUGAUGCAGAACCAGAGUGCCAGCCUAUGGAUUGAGCUGCAGCUUCCCCAGGACUGCACAAAAGCCUCCCAAGAGCCAAGUGGGUCUCGGUGGGUCACGGAUGAUGAAAGCCCUGACUAUGUCAUCUGGAAGCUCGAUAUCCCUAUCUGCAAGAACCAGUGUGUCACUGUAUCCCAGGACCUGAGUUGGGAGGAACGGCAGUGCGACUUCAUGGCAGAUGGCUUCCUGUGUGAAUACAACUACCCCGGCACAUGCACCAGGUUGUCUGCAGGGGCCAGCACUGCCAUGACCUACACCACCCCCUUUAAGGCACAAGACAGUGACCUCCUGGCCCUCCCUCCCCAGACCACAGCUUCAAUCCCAGCACUGGGCUUGGAGCUGGUCUGCACAGAACACAGCAGAGGGGGCAUGAGAUGGAGCUCUGGUCUGCCUGGGGCCUGGCACUGCAAGGUGGAGAAUGGAGGGUGCGAGGGCGUGUGUCACGAGAAGAAUGGACGCCUCUCCUGCACCUGCCCUGAUGGGUGGAAGCUGGAGGCAGACAAGCGCAGCUGCUCUACCUCCUGUGCUGGUGCCCCCUGCGAGCAUCUCUGCAACCCCCAUGGUGCUGACUUCACAUGCAUGUGCCAUAAGGGAUACAAGCUGGCCGAGGAUGGCAUCAGCUGCCAGGACAUCGAUGACUGUCAAGUCAACCCACAUAUCUGUGACCAAGUAUGCAUCAACACUGAAGGGGGCUUCCAGUGCCAGUGCCACCAGGGCUAUGAGCUGGUGGAGGGGAAAUGCAAGGAUGCGAUAUAUUGUCAUGAAACAAGAUGUCAGUAAAAAUGUGAGGAUGUCCCCAGUGGUUACAGAUGCAGUUGCUUCAAAGGUUAUAUCCCUGACCCCCAUAACCAUGACAAAUGUGUCUUACAUUGCAACCAAAAUCAGUGCCCAGCAAACUGUGACACACACAAGCAGAAUGUAUGCUACUGCCCUGAAGGGUUUGUUUUGGAUGAGGGUGGUGAGAAGACUUGUGUGGACAUUGAUGAAUGUGAAAUGCAGCAUUGUGAUGGGAUAUGCACAAAUAUACCAGGCAGCUUCAGAUGUGAUUGUCCUGAUGGGCAGGUCCUCACUGACCCAUACACAUGUAAAAAAGGAAGUGAUGAUGAAAACAUUUCAGGUGAGACCAAACUUUACCCACAAACAGCAGUUCCCACUCAUGAACCACUAGAGGCCAACAGCCUCUACCCUGGGGCUCUGAUUGGUAUCAUUGUGGGUAUACUGUCCAUGUUCUUGAUCCUCAUAGCUUUCAUCUACCACCUCAUCAAGAAGCCUUGUGCUACUCAGAGAGCCCUGAAUUAUACCAGUAACAGCAGUAUAGAAAAGGAAGUGGGACUGCAUCACUUUAGCCUAGGAUGUUCCUUUGCUAAUCGAACACUGUAGAGAAACCCACUAAAAUGAGACAGAGUUUGCAGUGAAUGAGUGGCUUAGCGCACAGUGCUGAGUCAUUGCCAAUUUCCAUCUUUUUUAAAUAUAGAUUUAUUUUAUUUUCCCCUACUGCUGAUGCUGCAUUACCUGCAGGAAAAAGAACUUUUUUUGUGCUUUGAGAAAAUAAAGCCAAAUAUUGCUAGGAAUCUAACAGCCCAAACCUGCUCCAUUUGACAUCAGUGCCAGCAAGAUGGAGUUGCCUGGGCUUGUGAUUGAAUGUCUUUGGGAAUAUAUCUUUCUAUUUUGUUUUGUACAGACCAUGGUAUACUAGAGUCCUGGUUAAUAACCAGGCGUCUUUUACUUCAGGAGUCUUGAACUAUUUGUAUAGGGAAUCUUGUAUUACUACCAUACUGUCAAGAAUAAAAAGUAUUAGUUUGCUCAG